GGCGACUGAUCCACUGAACUAUCAACAAGUAAGUUCCAGACUUGGCAGGAGGGAUGUUAAGUGAAUGGAGCCCUCUUCACAUCCUCCUUCUGCUUUUGGCUUCUAAUUAAAACUUGGCUGUAGAACAUUUCCCUCUCAAAUGUUUAAUUGCCUUUCAGAUGUUGAUGGACUCGUUUGGAUUCUCUCCAGACACUUUCAAUGACUUCAAACACCUGAAAAUUAUAAAUAACUACUCCACAUGUGCUUACAGGGCGUUAAUAAGGAAAAACUUCCACUGUUGGAAUGACACCGUGACCUGUAAUGUUUAUUCAUUAAUUUUUCAUUAUGACUUGGAUUAACAAUGACUGCCCUUGAACUGUAGAGCAUUCAGAAAGUAAGAAGCUGGACAUGACUUUCCCUGGAGGGGCUCAUGUGUCAAGGAAAGUCUUCAUCCAUCAUGGCUGUCCCCUUAUCUUGAGAUUCAUUUUAACUGUGAUUUGUUUGAGUGCAAUGGGUUUUGCGUGUCCCAAGAGUUGCCACUGCUCCGAGAGGAAUGGCUUGACCGUAGUGCAGUGUUCCUCUCGCAACCUAGAAGAAAUUCCCUCCAACCUUCCUCACGAUACUGUGUUGCUUCUUCUAUCCUCUAAUCACAUCACCAAAAUCCCAAACCAGGCUUUUAAAAACCUUCCUUGGCUCCAAGAGCUGGACUUGUCACGGAAUGCCAUCGAAACCGUGGAUGCUGGUGCUUUUCAAGGUGUCACGGAGAGCUUGCGGGUGCUCGACCUGUCCCAUAAUCACAUGCAAAGCGUCCCUAAGGAGGCCUUCGCUCGGCUGCAUGCCAAGAUCAGCCUGUCCAACAACCCGUGGCACUGUGAGUGCACCCUUCAGGAGGUGUUGCGUGAACUCAGGCUGGAUCCUGAGACUGUGAACGAGGUGAGCUGCCACACCUCUGUUCAGGAAGAGUACGCAGGCAAGCCUGUCAUUCAAGUCUUGGAUUCGGGCAUAAACUUUUGUAACUUCCACCAUAAAACUACUGAUGUGGCCAUGUUUGUCACCAUGUUUGGUUGGUUCACGAUGGUUAUCGCUUAUGUCAUCUAUUAUGUACGGCAUAACCAGGAAGAUGCCAGGAGGCAUCUGGAGUACCUCAAGUCUCUGCCAAGUAGCUCCCAAAUUAGUAAAGACUUUGACACAAUCAGCACUGUUCUCUAGCAUCAAUCAGUGCAGUGUAGGAGUGAAUGUGUUUGGCACAUUGAUGCUGGCACAUCAGCAAGCCUUAUAAGGGAGAGUGGGGUAAGAUGUGUCAUUUACUCAGUUUGUCCUCAAGUCAAUUGAGUCAUUGAGAAACCCACAUUUGCUAAGCAUAAAAUAAAAUCAAACUAUUAUU